GGCGGGGCGGGAGCCUGGGAGAGCGGGAGGGGAGGCGGUCUCUUUAAAAACGGCCCUGGAAAAGAAAGGACAAGAAGCUGCACCUUCCAAAUCAAGACUGCUCCUUUUAUCUUCUCAGGAGAGUGGGGCGCUGGGUCCUCUGUUAUGGAGGUGAGUAACACAACUUCAGCAGACCAGUCUUUUGAUAGUGCAUCAAAGCACAGCUACAUUGGCAGCUUUCUUCAGCCUCCAGUUAAUAUAAGAUCUGGCUUUGAGUUAAAGAAGAAAACUAUUCCAACAGAUAUUCCUGCACCGAACAACCAAGCUCUAGUGACAGCCCUCAGGACUCUGCAAGAAAAGAUCCACCGCCUUGAACUGGAACGAUCCCAGGCUGAAGAUGACUUGAAUGCCCUUUCCAGAGAAGCCGCCCAGUACAAAAGAGCCCUGCAGCAUGAAUCAAAUGAAAAGGAUAAAACACAUGGAGAAAUGAUGCAAGAGAGGAAAGGUGUGAGCAUGCAGUUAGGGGCAGCGCAAACACGUUGCUCCUUGCUGGAAAAACAACUAGAAUACAUGAGGAGGAUGGUGGUCAGUGCAGAGUUGGAAAAGAGGCAGGUGCUGGAGCAGCAAAUCCAGCUUCAGAAGGAAAAGGACCAGGAUCAAGUGGAGUUAUGUGCAAAACUCGACAAGCUUGAAAUCCUCGAAAAAGAAUGCUGGAGACUGACCAGCACUCAGAAAACGGCAGAAGAAAAGAUCAAAUACUUGGAGCAGAAGCUUCAGGAAGAGCAACAUCAGCGUAAGCUAAUACAAGAUAAGGCAGCACAGCUGCAAACAGGACUUGAAAUGAACAGAAUUCUUUUGUCUUCACUUUCACCACAAAAAGAUACAAAGAAGAAGAGCAGGAAGAAAAAAGGUGUAAAGAACAAUACAGAUUUGACAAAAACCCAUGGCUCACACCCAUCGCAACAGACUGGAGUGCUACCUUUUGUUGCCGGGAAGUCUGCCAGCUCAAGUCACUCUGUUGUUGCAAAUGUUCAAAGUGUCCUGCAUAUGAUGAAAUAUCGUAGUCCAUGCGUGACUUCACAUUACCCAGAACAAAGUGAAAAGAGGCCUUCAAGAAGGGCUGCUCUGGGCAGACCAUCAUCUUGCAACACGUCUUCUUCGGCGACAGAUAGUCUUUCCGAUCUUCUCUUGGUCAUGCAGGAUGAGCUGGGACAAAUGAGCUUUGAGCAUCAAGAACUGUUAAAGCAAAUACAAGAAACUCAAGAGCAAGACAUGCGGGAAGACUUAGAACGUGAACUGGAUUGCCUUGUAAAGCAGAUGGAAAUCAAAGGAGAACAAAUUUCAAAGCUAAAAAAACACCAAGAACAUGUUUUCAAGUUGAGGCGGAGUGCUCAAAAACUGAAGAGAAAAGUAGCUAACGCUGCAUCAAACUCAGAGGAAUUGACAGGAACCAAAGAGACGGCUGUCGUUUCAAGACUUGGGGCCCGCAGUUCCUGUCCUGUGAAUAGGAGCACAAGUUCUCUUCAGCUCUUAAAAUGUGCUCAGAAGCUUCAGUCGGUAUUGAAGAAAGACGAUAUCGUGUGGGAACCAUAGCGCUGGAAACUGGUCACUGCAGACCAUCCACUGGGAAUUGAUUGUUGAAGUUUGACUCAACCAGAUCGCUGGUUGACUCAUUAGAGUACCAAUUAAUCCUGAGACUUCAAUUUAGGGCAAAUAUAAUUAAAAUAUACUUGUGAUUCUUUUAAUGAUGUGUGUCCACCACUUUUAAUUAAAUAACCUGUCAAUU